AUGACUCUCUCCGGGACCAAACAUUCAUCUUCUGUCCAUGUCGAGCAAGCUCUGCCGCAGCAUAAUGCUGAUGCAGAGAAGCCAUGGCAGGCCCUUACCAAAUAUCCCAAAGUCUUUCUUUAUGCCGUGCUUAUCAACAUUGGUCCUCUUCUCUUUGGCUACGACAUGGUCAUCAUUGGUGCUGUUUCAUCACUAAGACAGUUCAAAAUGGACUUUGGUGAGCCUCACGGUGAGAAGUGGGUUAUUCCAGCUCUCUGGAUUGCUCUUUGGAACAGUUUCCUCCAACUUGGUGCUGGUUCUGGCGCUAUAUCUGCGGGAGUUUGUCAGGAUCGUCUUGGCAGACGAGCCACGGUAUUCUUGGGAGGUCUGCUUGGCUGCGUUGGCGCGGCUCUGUCGUUCACAUCGUGUAUGCCCGAUACCAUGCUGAACCGUCGCAUCUCCUUUAUGAUGGCCAAAUAUGUGUUGGGUGCCUCUUGCGGUCUUCUCAUGUCAGCUUGCCAGACCUGGAUUUCUGAGACAACUCCCAAGCAUCUUCGUGGAGUCUUUCUUAGUUUCUAUGGCUUCAAUGUGUGCUUUGGCCACUUGAUCGCCAUCGCGGUUGUAUUUGGUGGAUCCAAUGGUGUCACUCGCGACUCAUACCAGAUCCCAUUUGCUAGUCAAUGGGCCUUUGGGGGUUGGGCUAUGCUUGUCGCCCUAGUCCUCCCAGAGAGCCCUGUCUGGCUCGCAUCCCGCGAUCAGAUUGAUCAGGCACAACGGUCUCUUCAAAGGCUCGGCGUGCCCGAAAUGCUCGCACAGAUCAUGCGGACCCUCGAGGAAGAGCGUGGUCAGAAUGCCUUGAAUGAGGGCUUCCCUACCUACCGCGAGUGCUUCCGCAGCACUGACCGUCGUCGUACGUUUCUUGCCAUGUUCCUCACAAGUAUCCAACAGUGUAUCGGCAUGUCUCUCAUUGCCAACGCUGCCUACUUCCUCACAAUGGCUGGCAUGUCGUCUCGAUACCCUCUCAUGGUCAACCUGAUUGGCAUCUCGUCAACCAUGGUCGCAAGUAUGAUCUCGUGGUACACAAUCCCCCGUUACGGCCGCAGGAGGAUGAUUCUCAUCAGUCACUUCCUUGACAAUGCUGCCUGGUUGGCCAUGGGUAUUGCCGGUUGUUUCUCGACUGGGGCUGCAAAAUGGAUGGUUGGCGUAGGCCUCGUCCUAGUCGGCUUCUUCAACAGUUUCGGAGUCGCUAGCGCCGUACCCGUGCUCCAAUCCGAAGUCUCAUCUGUCCGGCUACGUUCCAAGACGUCCGGUAUUGCCUUUACCUGGCAGUCCCUCAGCAUGUGGGCUUUCAACUUCUUUACUCCGUACAUGUACAACACAGAUCAGCUGAACUGGGGAGGCAAGAUUGGAUUCUUCUUCUUUGGGCUGGGGUCCAUAUCCUUUGUCGUGGCAUGGUUUGCUAUUCCCGAGACCAAAGGCAGGACCUUUUUGGAGAUUGACUACCUCUUUGAGACUGGUGUCAAGCAUCGCAUGUUCCAUAAGACGGUCAUUGGCAGUGGUGAGAUGGACGAUGAUGAAGGCGGAAAGUCUAAAGCAUUUUAG